CUGGUGAGAAGGGGGUGCUAGGGAGGGCAUCUGGAUCCUGAGACCGGCGCAGAUGAUCAGCUUGCAGGAGGGGAUGGGGUCAAAGGUGGAAGGCUUCAAGCUGGCAGGAGAGAAGGGGGCCAGGACUGGGCUGCUGGCCAGAAGCUCGAGGGGGCUUGGACAAAAAGAGGCAGAAGGCCGGGCGCGGUGGCUCAAGCCUGUAAUCCCAGCACUUUGGGAGGCCGAGACGGGUGGAUCACGAGGUCAGGAGAUCGAGACCAUCCUGGCUAAUACGGCAAAACCCCGUCUCUACUAAAAAUACAAAAAACUAGCUGGCUCGGAAAUAGAAAAUGUCUGCAGAUGGCGAAGGCAUCCAGGCCGCCCAGGACAAGGAGACACCCCCGGAGAUUCCAGAUCGUGGACAUUCUCAUCAGGAAAUGCUUUCUAAGCUGGGGGAGGCAGUGCCUUCAGGGGACGCUCAGGAGUCAUUGCACAUUAAGACGGAGCCAGAAGAGCUACACCCCGAGGGGGCAUCGCAGGAGGAUGGGGCUCAAGGUGCUUGGGGCUGGGCACCCCUAAGUCACGGCUCUAAGGAGAAAGCUCUCUUCCUGCCUGGUGGAGCCCUCCCUUCCCCCCGGAUCCCGGUGCUUUCCCGAGAGGGGAGGACCAGAGACCGGCAGAUGGCCGCGGCACUCCUCACUGCCUGGUCCCAGAUGCCAGUGACUUUUGAGGAUGUGGCCUUGUACCUCUCCAGGGAGGAGUGGGGUCGACUGGACCACACGCAGCAGAACUUCUACAGGGAUGUCCUGCAGAAGAGAAAUGGGCUGUCAUUGGGCUUUCCCUUCAGCAAGCCUUUCUGGGCCCCUCAAGCGCAGGGCAAGGGCGAGGCCUCAGGCUCCAGCCGGCAGACAGGAGAUGAGAAGGAGGAGUGGAGAGGCGCGUACUCAGGAGCUAUCGAGGUGGGGCAGAGGAUGCCGACUUCAUCGGUGGCAGCCCUUGGAGAUGUGAAGCCCUUCAGAAACAGGUCGGGGAGAGUCCAGGGGGGCGUUCCGCAGUGCGCGCAGGAAGCGGCUUGCGGCCGGAACUCAGGGCCGGCCAAAGACUCCGGGCAGCCGGCUAAUCCAGAUGGCACUCCAGUUGCAGCUCCGCCAGACCCCAGUCCCACGGAGCCCCAGGAGGGCCGCGUCCCAGAGAAGCCCAGCGAGGAAGAGAAGGGAGCACCGGAGAGUGGCGAGGAGGGCCUGGCCCCUGACAGCGAGGCGGGCAGGAAGAGCUACUGGUGCGAGCAGUGCGGCAAGGGCUUCAGCUGGCACUCGCACCUGGUGACGCACCGGCGCACGCACACGGGCGAGAAGCCCUACGCCUGCACUGACUGCGGGAAGCGCUUCGGCCGCAGCUCGCACCUCAUCCAGCACCAGAUCAUCCACACGGGCGAGAAGCCCUACACCUGCCCCGCCUGCCGGAAGAGUUUCAGCCACCACUCCACGCUGAUCCAGCACCAGCGCAUCCACACCGGAGAGAAGCCCUACGUGUGCGACCGCUGCACCAAGCGCUUCACCCGACGCUCGGACUUGGUCACCCACCAGGGCACCCACACGGGCGCCAAGCCGCACAAGUGCCCCAUCUGCAGCAAGUGCUUCACGCAGAGCUCGGCGCUGGUCACCCACCAGCGCACCCACACUGGGGUCAAGCCCUACCCGUGCCCCGAGUGCGGCAAGUGCUUCAGCCAGCGCUCCAACCUCAUUGCACACAACCGCACACACACGGGCGAGAAGCCCUACCACUGCCUCGACUGUGGCAAGAGCUUCAGCCACAGCUCGCACCUCACGGCGCACCAGCGCACCCACCGCGGCGUGCGGCCCUACGCCUGCCCACUGUGCGGCAAAAGCUUCAGCCGUCGCUCCAACCUGCACCGGCAUGAGAAGAUUCACACCACCGGGCCCAAGGCCCUGGCCAUGCUGAUGCUGGGGGCGGCGGCGGCGGGGGCUCUGGCCACACCCCCACCUGCUCCCACCUAGGAGGCCAGGAGAGGGGAAGCAGGGCGCCCAGGGCCACUGGGACAGCCCCACUGGAGUCAAGGCUCCGAGGGAGGAGAGAAGGGAGCGGGAAGGGAGCUGGGGCGGUGAGGGCAUGGGGUGAGGCAUGGCGACGGGGGAGGGCGAGAAGGGGCAGACACUCUGUGAAUUAAAGGCCUUGGACUUGAA